AUGCAGAUGCAGACCUCGACCUGCCUGAAUUGUCGCUUCCUGUCUCGAUACCUCUUCCAACAGCGUCUGGCCGAGCUACAGAAUGGCCGACGGAGAUUAUCCUCCUUGUCGCCGGCAGAGUCCGUAGGCCUAUCCUGUUAUUGGGAUACACAACCCCCGACCAAGGAGAACCUAGCCGCCGCAGCACACUUUUUCAAGUACCACAAGCCUUCGCGACUAUGGACAGGCGAUCAGUGGAAGACAUCCGAACUAUGGCGCCGCUCCAAGAAAUCCUCAGCCCAGAAAAUCCUGGUCCCCGAAGUCGUCUUCCUGGGCCGGUCCAACGUUGGCAAAUCCACGUUGAUCAAUGCUCUCACGUUGAACGACCUCAAUCGAGUCAGCACCACACCGGGCAUGACUGAGGUAAUGGCUGCAUGGGGGUUGGCAGCGAAAGAGCCGGAUGGGGGAGCCGUAAAGGGAUGGGAUGGAGAUGUGACACCAAAAGUCACACUCGUCGACAUGCCCGGCUAUGGGUUUGGAAGCAGAUCCGAAUGGGGCGACCAAAUCGUCUCGUAUCUGAACGCCCGAAGACACGUACGGAGGGCAUUUCUACUGGUGGACAGCGUGCACGGGAUCAUGCAUGCGGAUCGCCACAUGCUUGAGAUCUUCCAGAAGCUCGGCAUCCCCUUCCAGCUCGUCGCUACAAAAUGUGACCGUCUGCGCAGCAGCCGUGGAUCCGAAAGCGAGCUACGAGAGGUCCUCGAGAGGUUGAAAGAUCAGGCAAACCGAGACAAGUCUGCCUUGAUGUUAGGCGAGAUCAUUGCCGUGGGCUCUCUACAAGAAGCCGCGGGGACAAAACCCAAAGACGAUGGUUUCGGCAUCAGGAACCUCCAGUGGGCCAUCCUCAAGGCCGCAAACCUGGAGUGGUACGCCAUGGACAAGGCCGCCGUGCACAAAGUGAUCGAUAAGAGCGCCACACAGCGACCGCAGGAGAAAAUCCAAGCCGAGAUCUUACACUUUCUUCAGAAGCCGCGCGAUGACACUACUACUUCCACCACCGAAGAUCCAGCGUCAUCGGAAUCGGAAUCGGCAUCACCCCCAAACCUUGGUCUGCGAGAAUUCAUGCGUGAGAUCCUGGGCACUGGUGGUCCAGAGGCCGGCUCUUCGGUCACAUCCCAACCCAACCGCAACCCUCCUCGAGUGUUUCACCCCUUGACCUCGGACGCCCCCGGAACAGCCAGAUGGAAGGCCCCUGCAAAUAUGCAGGAUCAGCUCGACUCGGCCUACCAAGAACUGCAAAAGCACAUGCAUGCGCCCACCUCACCAGAAGCGAGAGACCUGACACCACCCCGUCCACCCAUGCGUCCGUCCACCGAGCGAAUCACCCAGAGGCCUACCCGAGCCCGACCCAGAGGCAUGGCCCAAGGCAACCAAGGCAUCGACGCCUUUGAAAGCCUGUACGCCGAGCUCUCUCCACAACGUGCACAGGAACAAAGCCCGCGUCAAAUGCAGCAAAAGAACGCAGCACCAACGCCGCAAUCCAGUCGCAAUCCCGCCUCAGGAGGACCACAACCACACCAACCACAACAGCAACAACCACCUCUGACAGGCAAAGGCGUCUCCCUCGGCCUGGAUGCCUUCGAAGCCAUGUUCGCCGAACCCCCACCCAAGCAGAAACAGACCAAAGCCCAGUCGACGAAGCAAUCUCAAAGCUCAGGUGGUGGUGGUGGUGGUGGUGGUCGACGACGCAGAAAGUCCGCCGGAACCAGUGAUGAUCAGAUACCGGCUCACCCGCCAAAGCAACCGGCCAUCGUGGGCAAAGGCGUGUCCCGAGGCAUUGACGCAUUUGAGUCUAUGUUCGCGGAACCCGCGCAGGGGCAGAAAGCGAGGCGGAAGCGGUAG